AUGACCACUGCGAGCGUUUUGCUCACUGUCGGCACGACAUGGACAGCGAAUAACGACGGAUGCGACAAAGAAGAGCGCGUGGGACGGACUAUGAGGAACGUGGCCGCUGUCGCCGCUAGAGAACUGAGGGAGACACCAGCUACAAGAGAACAAGCUAUACGUAUUAUGCGUGAAUGGAUCCAAAAGAACAACGAUAUCAAAAAUGUUAGACAAGAUGAAGCUUUCUUACUGCGCUUUCUUCGCCACAAAAAGUACAGUAUACCGAUGGCUCAACAGACGCUGUUGAAAUAUUUAAGCCUAAGAAAAUUUUAUCCAAGCAUUUUCACAAAAUUGGACUGUGAAGAUCCUAAAAUAAAGGACAUUCUCAAUAACGGGUACAUAGCGGUUUCACCGGUGCGCGACAGCAAGGGUCGUCGGGUCAUCGUUUACAAUAUGGGUAAAUUUGAUGCGACGAAAUAUAACUGCUGGGAUAUGUGUCGCGCUCAUGUAAUAGUUUAUGAGACGUUGAUGGAAGACCCCAUCGAUCAGAUCUUUGGUUUCUCUCAUGUGGGGGACGGCAGUGGAUCGAGCACCGCUCACGUGACCACCUGGAAUCCCAUCGACUUCGCAAGACUCAUGAAGUGGGGCGAGCAAUCAGUACCAAUGCGUCACAAGGAAUUCCAACUCGUCAACGUGCCUGCCGCCCUUAAGUACAUAAUUGACUUUGCGGCAAGCAAAGUGUCUCCGAAAAUGAGCGAAAGGCUACAUAUCCACACCAACAUCAAGACUUUGCUAAAUCACGUGGACAUGUCGUGUUUACCUACGGCAUACGGAGGUCACAUACCACUACAAGAUAUGAUCAAAUUCACAAGAGAAUUGCUCUUGGAAAAAAGGGAGACCGUCCUGGCUUUAGAUAAAAUGGAACUUUUAAGCACUAAAGGCAUCAUUUCUUCGAGAAAACCAACAAAUAUCAUUAAAGGUGACAACGUUUCCGUCGAAGGAAGCUUCAGAAAGCUAGAAAUAGAU